AUGACCUGUAUCUACCGCAAGUUGAAGUGUGCAUUUUCAGGGGAGCCAUGCUUCGUUUGUUGUUUAAAAAAUCUGAAAGAGUCAACCACGACUCGACUUUCUUAUUCUGUCAUUCUCAUCGUCGUUGUUGUUUUGUCAACCGCCUCUCAUGAGGGAGGUUUGAUGGGAAUGCUGCACUCCAAAGUAACCGUAUUCGGUCAAUUUUCACUUAGAUAUUUUCAGUACAAAAGUGAAUUGAGCUCAUUGUGUAGCCUUCUUCAUGCCGGUGAGAACUGUACUCGGUUCUCGGGCUACAUUGGCAUUUAUCGUCUUUGUCUUCCAUUGUUCCUCUUCCACACUGUGAUGGCUUUGUUAACUGUGGGAGUAUCCUCGAGUCAAACUCUCCGUGGUAGGAUCCAUAACGGAUUUUGGGCCUGGAAGGUUCUCAUGCUUUUGGGUCUCUACAUCUGUGCCUAUUUAUUUCCUACAUUGGAGGAGCUCGUUUUCGUUUGGAUGAUACUUGGAAUUAUCGGAGGGUUGAUUUUCAUCUAUGUGCAGCACAUCACACUGAUUGAUUUCGCAUACGAACUUAACGGUAUUUGGCACGCCAAAUCCAGAAAGUGCAUGUGGUACACCUUCCUAAUCUAUCUUUGCACAAUAGUCCUCUACCUCGCUACUGUGGCCGCCUACACUCUGUUUAUCAUAUCCUACGGACUUCCAAAACAGUGCUCCCUAAAUCUAACCAUGACGGGGAUCAACGGUGGUCUGACUGGGCUGUUUGCCAUCUGUUCUAUUUUCUCCAACACAUUACAGAAAAAACAGCUCUGGUUACCUGGAGCGGUUACCUCUGCUUUUGUCGCCUUCCUCACGUGGAGUGCGCUGAACAGCCAACCUGCAAUCCUAACCUCCGACGUUCCCUGGCAAAAACGGCUCGGUUUCAGUGUGGACAAACAGCAGAAUCUCACCGUUCAUCCAUUACUGGUUGUCGCUGAUCAUUUGAAUCGGCUACUUUCGGAUCAGGUUAGCACAGAAUCACCGAGUGCAGCGAAAUCGAUCACUUCACCAGUGUCUACAAUUAUGCUCAAUCAAUGCUUGCCAGGCGGAAUCGGGUCCGUGGCGAGUCAUGUGGGCAAAGAUAUCUUUACUUUUCUCGGACUGGUGCUUGUUAUUGGAUGGUCACUCUAUUCCAGUGUGGACAAACAGCAGAAUCUCACCGUUCAUCCACUACUGGUUGUCGCUGAUCAUUUGAAUCGGCUACUUUCGGAUCAGGUUAGCACAGAAUCACCGAGUGCAGCGAAAUCGAUCACUUCACCAGUGUCUACAAUUAUGCUCAAUCAAUGCUUGCCAGGCGGAAUCGGGUCCGUGGCGAGUCAUGUGGGCAAAGAUAUCUUUACUUUUCUCGGACUGGUGCUUGUUAUUGGAUGGUCACUCUAUUCCAG